AUGUCUACUCCUAGCACUGCUGCGGGUGAGUUCACUGCGUGGGAUUAUGUAGUAUUUGUACUUAUGCUGGUCACUUCUGCACUCAUUGGAAUCUAUCAGGCAAUUAAAGCUAGAGGCCAGCAUAGCAAUGUCCAGUAUUUGUUGGGAAACAGACAGCUGAGGGCAUUGCCUGUGGCUUUGUCCCUUGCGUCCAGCUUUAUGUCUGCAAUUACAGUGAUUGGGACACCAGCAGAGGUUUACCGCUUUGGGGCCAUGUUCUUGAUUUUUUGCUUUACCUACGCCAUCGUGAUCACCGUCAGUGCUGAAUUCUUCCUGCCUGUAUUCUACAGACUGAAUAUCACCAGUACUUAUGAGUAUUUACUUAUGAGGUACAACAAAAUAAUUCGGUACAUUGGGACCUGUUUCUUCAUCACUCAAACUGUGCUGUACACUGGGAUUGUCAUUUAUGCUCCUGCACUAGCAUUGAAUCAGGUAACUGGAUUUGAUCUCUGGGGUGUUCUUGUUUCAACUGGUCUUGUCUGCACCUUUUACUGUACUAUGGGUGGUCUGAAAGCUGUGGUGUGGACUGAUGUGUUCCAGCUGACGGUUAUGAUCCUUGGGUUUGUGGCAGUGAUAAUCCGAGGUGCGGUAAUUCAUGGAAGUUUUGCGCAGGUGCUGAAUAUUUCAUAUCAUGGAGGAAGACUCAACUUCUGGGACUUUGAUCCAAGCCCAAUAAGACGACACACCUUCUGGACGAUCGUGGUUGGUGGAACCUUUGUGUGGACAGCUAUUUAUGGCAUCAAUCAGUCUCAGGUUCAGCGGUACAUUGCUUGUAGAAGCCAGUUUGAGGCUAAGCUCUCCUCUCCAUUCGUCUCAAUUGUUAUCCUGUUUCUGAACUGUCCUUCACCACAUGCAGUGACCUGGAGGCUGAUGCUGGCACAGAAUGAACUGGGAAAUUGGCACGCUAGGAGCGACAUGAGACUAUAUAUCACACAAAUAUAUCAGCCCUCCACUUUCUCUUCUGUUUUCCAGGCUGCCCUCACUAUUUUUGGGAUUCUUGGUGGUCCAUUGCUUGGGGUGUUCCUGCUAGGCAUGGUAUUCCGUUGGGCUAAUUCAAUUGGUGCACUAGCUGGCCUUGGUGUCAGUUUCCUACUGACAUUGUGGAUAGGAAUUGGUGGGCAUGUCUAUCGGCCACUACCUACUCAAACUCGACCAUUACCCCUCAGCACAGCAGGAUGUCUUGAUAUCGGCAUUAACACAUCACAAGCAGCGAGAGUAGGCCCCUAUUUAACAACACACCAUGCACCUGACCUGACCUCCAGACCAGCAAUUGCAGACACAUUGUAUUCAAUCUCGUAUCUUUACUUGAGCCCAAUAGGAACUGUGACUGUCGUGAUUGUUGGUUUGAUAGUCAGUUUGCUGACAGGAGGGAAGCAGAACGUGGUGGACAAGAAGCUGCUGAUGACUUACAAGGAUACACUAUGCUACACCUACUAUGUCAACAGAAGUCUGCGUUCUCUGAUGUUGCCCCCUCGGGACCAACAGGAUGUGGUUGCCAAGGAGGAGCUGGAAGCAAUAGCUGACACAGAAAAAGUCACCCCCAUAUUCACUGACCAGGAGCCCACAUCCACUGCCCAAGAGCCUGCAUCCACUGCCGAAGAGCCCACAUCCACUGAACAUGUGCCUGAUUCUGAGCAACAGAAUCAGGAAUCCACAACAGAGUUAUAGUUAGCAUGUGGGCUUUCUUCGAUAAAAGUACAGUGAACAAGUCAUCGGACUUUGGAGAUACCUAACACAAUGGCUUAAUGUCUGUGUAAAAUUGCCCUGUACACUACUCCAUCGAUCACUGGACCAGAAAUAACGUAAAGCUGUUCUUAUCACCCCUCCCAGUACUCCUAUUUCCCAAACUG